AUGACUGUGACUGAGACAUGCGACGACGUCAAGGGCUCGAGGAAGCCUUUGCUUUUGAUGGCUGCGUUUCCCAUCGAUGGUCACAUCAACCCUCUAUUCACCAUUGCAUCUCACUUGGUUAAAGUCGGGUACGAGGUGGCAUUCUCCUCUCCAUCGGCGUACCAGUCCAAGAUCGAAGAAACUGGUGCCGAGUAUAUCCUCGCCGAAAACCCAAUUACCGAAUCAGUCUUCCUCAACUUUCGCGACGCUUCGCAGUUCCCUCCGGGCCCUGGAAGACUUGCGGCGCAAUACAAAGCCAUUUUCAUGGAUAUGCAACCAACGAGAGCCAAGUCCAUUGAAGAAGCUCUGGUAGUGCUGCAGGCCCGAGACCCCCACCGACAAAUCAUCGUUCUCGAAGAUGUUUUCAACUCGGGGUUCACGGCUUUCAAGUAUGGCCGGCCUCUUCCAGGCGGAGUCAAGAGACUGCCCAAGUCGAUUGGAUUUGGCGUCUCGCCAAUCUUGGCCGAAAGUCAAGACACCGGACCGUUGUCGCUAGGGCUCUGGCCCGACUCUACAGAGUCGGGACGCCAAAGGAACAAGGCACUGUACGAGCUCGUGGAAAGAGGCCCCAUGAAGCUCUUGUACGAUGCUUGGCACGAGACUCUGAAGCAAUGCGGCUGCAAAAACAUCCCCGAUGGCAAGAUAUGGAGGUCAUUCUACACCGCUCACGACUCUGUCCUUCAGCUCUGCUCGCCGAGCCUCGAGUAUCCUGUUUCCGAUUUACCACCAUGCCUUCAAUUCGUUGGUGUUCUGCCUCGCAAGCCGCUGAAGCUGGGCUUCCAAUUUCCCUCAUGGUGGUCUGAAGUUGAGAAGAGACAGGAGAAGAACUACCGCUACGUCAUCUUUGUAUCUCAAGGAACUCUUAACCCACUCUGGUCGGAGCUCAUUAUCCCUGCCAUCAAUGCCUUUGCCGACCGCCCCGAAGUCUUGGUUGUAGCCACCUUGGGAGCUGUUGGCGCCCAGCUUCCGGCGGAAGUCAAGAUACCAGCCAACGCUCGUGUCAUUGACUACGUUCCCUACGAUGCGAUGUUAGAGUACACGGAUGUCUUCAUUUCCAAUGCUGGUUACGGAACGUUGACUCAUGCUGUCAGUAACGGAGUUCCAGUUUUACUUGCUGGAGAGAAUGAGGAGAAGAUUGAAGUCACUAUGAGGGCUGUGUAUGCAGGUAUUGGACUCAGCCUGGGCACACAGACACCGACAGCGGAACAGGUUAGGAGGGGUGUGGAAUGCAUCUUGGAGGACACCAAGUACAAGAAGGCUGCGAUGAAAUUGAAAUUGGAGAACAGUGAUUUGGACGCGUUGUCGGCAAUCGAAGCAAAAAUCAGGGAGAUGACGGAAUGA